CGUACUCGCCAAGUUGAGCAGCACUCUCUACUGUCGUGUUUUGAUGACGCCUUCAUUGGGACUUUCCGGAUACGUCACUCGGGGCUUCCGAGUAUAUUAGAUCGCCCUACCUCUGUGUUCAUGUCGGUAAGACACCGCAAACGACGCUGCGUUGCACUGAAGUACACUCCAAAAGACACCAUGAAAACGCCAAAGGGCCCCCAACAGCGCCAAGAGCUUUGAAUACUGAGACGGCGUUGUGUGGAGCGACGGACCGACCGAGAGGCGGAAUGUCAACAACGCGGCCCCUCCUCGGGAUGAGACGAGUCACCGAGCUAACGUGCCCUGAGCAGCCGACCAGCAGGCUCCCCGCGUCCGCCGCGAGGCAGCAGCAGGAGGCCUCCCCGACCGUGGACGAGUUUACCGUCUUAGAGGAUAAAGAAGAAGAGCUGAAAUGUGCCAAGCCUCGAGUGGAGCAGGUUUUUAAAGUGACGUUCACCAUCAUCGGUCUGUUGGACCACACGGGACAGCAGCACGGGAGCAAAACAUCCCGGCAGAUAUGGCUGCAGCUCAGAGGAAACAGAGAGGACGUGUCCAAAGCAAAGGAGUAUGUGAGGGGGCUGUGUGACCCAGAGCUCCAGAAAGAAGAGUGGUACCCAGUGGACAUGCACUGUAUCUUUGCCGGCGCCUGGGGCCUCUUCCUGGACAGACUCAUACGAGACACGAGCGCUGAGGUCCUGGUGCCUGAGCCGGGACGCCUGCGGCUGUUGGGCCGGGCUGAGCCCGUAGUGAUGGCCCAGAGCAGAGUCCAGCAGUUUGUAGCACUAUUCCAGGAGAAGCGAAGUCUACCAAGUGACAGAGAGCCAGCAGUGAAACGAGCAUUCAAGUCCUUUGUGGAGGAAAGAGAUGAUAAGUACACUAUGGAGCUUCUACUGCUGCCCAGUGCCCUGAAAGAAGAGUUACUAGGACUGGCUCACAGCCCCACCAGCACAAACACAUCCUCUCCGGCUCAACCCAACCAGACGCUGCACCCCAGCAUGGCCGAGGUCGACCAAGACCGCUCGCAGAGCAGCACCCCCGUGACCGAGCUCUCCAACCGCAUCCUGGACACUAGCUUCGAGGAGAGAGGGAGCGGCGGGGCGGCGUGCGUCGGAGGCGCCGGCAAAGCGGCACCGGGAGGAGGGAUCGGCCUGGGCCCCGAAGCCGUCCUGCUGAACGGCACCCGGCCCUCGCACAAGCGGCGCUCGUCCGAGAGCGAGACUCGGGACACAAAGAGACAGUACUCUCUGGAGCGGAGGGACGAGUCGCCGGAGAGAGCGAGGGAGAGGGAGCGACAGAGGGACAGAGAAGGCAGGGGGGGAAGUAGCAGCUUUAGAUCCAAAACUCCCUCCGCUUCGUCAUCCCUCUGCUCCUCCUCCUCCUCCUCCUCCUCCUCUUCCUCCUCAGCUAAAGCAAACACAGUGGGUCCCAUCAUGCUGGACUCCAGUGAGGUCGCAGACGACGGGGAGGCAGUCAGCCCAGAAACCAACCUCCGCUGCUUAGUCAAUUUCUUCAGAACUAUGGGUUACCAGCAGGAAGUGGUGGAGCGUGUCGUCAAGGAGACAGGACAGACAGAAGAUACCUUCCUCCUUCUGGAAAAGAUCGUGGAGGAAUCAAAGCGUUGCAAAGAGGGCUCAAAAAGAGGGGAAAAAGAAAGACUAUUGAACUCUGUGCAGUCCCCGGACACUCCCUCCUCCUCCUCCUCCUCCUCUUCCUCCUCCUCUUCUACGAUCGUCUCUCGUUUCAGAGAGAAGGAGCGAGAGCUGAACAGAGCCUUGGUAGACCCAGGCAGGUCAAAAGAGAACAUUAAGCCCAACCAUUACGGAGGCAGCAGUAACGGACUGGGGCACCGGAGGCAGUGCAGCGGCAGCGAGACCAGCACUCAGCAGGCCAUCACUAUCAGGAGGAGCUCUAGUGCUCAAGGAGGAGCGGGAAACUACGAGGUAAUAACCAUCGACGAUGACAACGUCACCCCCACGGAUACCAAAGCAGACAGCAGGACGUCCCGGAUGAUGACGGCGGCGCACCUCGACACCCAGUCCGGAUCCAGAACGGACUACCUGGCGCGGGGAGGGGGCGGAGUCUCGCAGAGGGACUACCUAUCGAGAGGCGGGACCCAGACUUUGGGCGGAUCGGUGAAAGUCGAGACGGUGACGGCGCUGCGCAGCACACCUCAGUGGCUGACCGCUACCACCACCUCCUUGGCUUCGACCCCCAGUUCGGCUCAGACCGUCAACCGGCCCUCGGCGUCUCACUACCAGACCAUCGGCCACAUGGGGUUUCACGGGGGCGGAGCCAGGUACCCCCCUGCGAACGACCCCCAGGCGCCCCCGGUUACCGGCCUGGCUCGUUUCCACCAAUCACUGAAGACUCCUUACAAUCUGAAGCUGCCUAAUGAGCCAGGACGCCCAGAGCUCAGACACAUCAUCAUAGACGGCAGCAACGUGGCUAUGGCUCACGGCCUCCACCGCUUCUUCUCCUGUCGAGGGAUAGCUCUGGCGGUGGAGACGUUCUGGAGGCGAGGCCACAGAGAGAUCACGGUGUUCGUCCCCCAGUGGCGCCAAAAGAGAGACCGACUCACAACAGAGCAACAUUUUCUAAACCAGCUAGAAGACCUGCGGCUGCUCUCCUUCACACCCUCCAGAGAGGUCUGCGGUCAAAGAAUAUCCUCGCACGACGACAGGUUCCUGCUCCACCUCGCUGAAAAAACAGACGGGAUCAUCGUAACCAACGACAACCUGAGGGACUUCGUCAACACCUCGGACACCUGGCGCAGGAUCAUUCAGGAGAGGUUGCUUCAGUUUACGUUUGUGGAGGACCACUUCAUGAUCCCUGAUGACCCUCUGGGGAAGAACGGACCUCACCUCGACAUCUUCCUACGCAAAGACUACAGGCGAGCUCCGGCCAGUCCUCCCCCCAUGAGACCCCCAGACAUCCGGCCGUCCUCACAGCAGCAGCAGCAACCGGUUUACGUCCAGGCCGUCCUCUCGGCUCCCCGGACCCCCGCCUCCACGCCCCAGCCCCCCGCCUCCCUGAUGCCCCACUCCACCGCACACUGGCCUCACUCCGGCCCCCCGGAGUGGCACCCGCCGCGUCGAUCCCCCUCCCCCUCGCCAUCGCCCCCUCCGCAGCGGUCGCCAGGGGAGACGUCGGAGUUAAAGAGGAAGCUGUACGACAUCUUCCCCGACCAGAAGCAGAGGAUAGACCGCAUCCUCAGCGACAACCCCUACAUGAGAGACCUGAACGCCCUGUCUGGGCUGCUGCUGGGAUAACUCACCCACUCAGCAGACACACACACACACACACACAUACAUACACAUGCAUACAUAUGUGUGUCAUCAUAAAAAAUAAUUUAUUUUACCAGCUCUUCCUGCUUUUGGAGGACGUGGAAAGAUUUUUUUUACAUAAAGACUGAUCAUCAAACUAGCUGCUAUUGGCAAAGAGUAUUUUUGGAUUGUUUUUUUUUUUUGUUCUUCUCUCUCUCCCUCUCUCUCUCUCUCUUUCCUUUACUCUCGAAUUGAUUAAGGUGAACAACACUGGUGUCUACAGAACCAAAAUGUUAAGCAGCAGCUUUGACAUUGUUCAGAUGAGAAUUGAAUCCAUCACCGUGGGACGCCAACACCUCCACAAACAGACGUACUCGGAGCUCCUUCUUUAUAAGAUUUUUGGAACAUUGGAAAGUUUCUGCAUGUUUUUUUUUUUUUUUUUAGUUAUUUCAACAUACUUGUUCUACACCCAGAAAGGAUUCGACGCGGGCCGAUACCAGGCGGUCGGACUCAGUCGGCGAGCAGUUUGAAGUUAUUUAACAUCAGCGGCAGAAGUUUAUUUAUUUCAUUUUCCUUCUCAACACACAGACGAGCUUUAAUUAAGAGAGCAGCGGUGUCCUUUUUUUUUUAAUCAGAGGAAUAUUUCAGGAAGCAUGAUGAGAUCACUGGCUAUAUAGCAUCAUAUUUACCCUACAUCCAUAUUCAGACAGUAAACAAUAAAACUUGAAAAACAAGAAAAAUCCAGUUUUACCUGUAGCAACAUUGAAGAAGCACCUUUAGGCAUGUGAAAGACCAACAUUUUGAUGCUGUAUAGAUGGGCAGUGGCAAUGUAUAGUUGUUGUUUUUUUAAAUAAAAUUUCAGAUAUAGCUCACUUUGUGUAUAUAUCCAAGCUAAUUUCAUCUCAUUUACUAAUUCAUUGCGCUAAUUAAAAGCAAGCACUGCCCAUUUGUAUCACUUCAGAAUGUUACCUGUACAUUCUGGCCUUUACUCCAUCCCAAUGAUGCUUCAAGUCUCCUGAAAGACAUGUGUUUUUUUUAAGGGACCAUUCUUUCUAUCAGUUUAAAUUAUUCCCACUCAUGUUUUUUUUUUUUUGUUUUUUGCAAGAAUUUGUCACUUACAGUCUUAAUAAUCCAAAAGAAAUGAUAUUCAGGUUGAGUGAUCAUUAUGACGUUACUCCUGCCUCUGUAAUCUUUUGUCACGAUUGUCACAUGGCUUCACACGCCUGAUGUUUAUAACUGAUCUCUGACAAGCUGUGGUAGAACUCAGGUGUUGAAACUAGAUUUGCUGAUAAUCAGUGAUUGAGAUAAGAAUUUUGAUUGGUUGGAAUCUGAUCCCAGGAUUUUAUUUUUUUUUAGAUAUGCCGUUGAACAGUGUUUUCAGUCAAUAGUUCAUCAGCAUUUAGUUCUGAGAUGCUUUGUGAGUUAUUAGCUUUUGGUUUCAAGUAACACACACACACACACACACACACACACAGUAUGUCAGUCCAUCUGACUUUGGAUGGAAACACUACAGGAGCUUGGAUUCAUUAGUUCGGACACACUUAAUCUUGAAAUCACACACCAUUAGUUUUUUUUCACUAGUAACCAGACUAUACGAUUUACAAGUUACAUUUGAAUCCGGUGUUUAUUUGCUAAAUGUAAUUUCAUUGCAGGUAAUUAUUCACUGAUGAAUCUACAGAAAAAUUCGUAGUGUUUUUUUCGUUUUGUUUUUUAUUGUUGUUUUUUUUAACCCUUCUUCACCCAGAGAAUGUAGGCAGAACGUUCCCCAGCUUGCAUAUUUGAUGUGCAUCUGAGUUUUGUAAUAUACAAACACUUUAUCUCCUUGUAAGAAAGAAAAUAUCUGCACAAAAUCUUUACAAGGUGUCAAAAAAAUCAGUUUUGUUCGUACUUGCUAUGUUGUUGUUGUAAGGAUUACUGAAGGAUUUUUUUUUCCUCUUUUUUUUUUGUAUUAUAAUUCGUUUGUGUAUAUCGAUUUUUCUUUUUUGUAAAUAUGAGCAUUUUUGGCUACAGUGCACAUAUGGUUGUAUGUGGCAAAACAAAAUAAAUGUGGCA